CCGCCCCUCCCCAAGAUGGCCGCCCUCGCCUCAGCGGGCACUUCCGGCGCGGCCUGGCGCUCCCCGGCGCUCUCGGGCGCGGGCCAUGGCGCUGAUGCUGCUGCUGCGGGGCUGCCGGCGGCACCGGGCGGCCUGGGCCUGCGCUCGGCACCGCGCCGGCACCGGGGCCCUUGCCGUGGGACGCGGCCCGCAGUCAAAACUCUUGCAAAUUUGGAGCUGGCUCCAGCUCUCUGUUUGGCCUUGGCUUUCGGCCUGGAGAAGAGGAGGCUAUGGGGAGACCUUAUCACUGCCUACAAUUACCUGAAAGGAGGUUGUAGAGAGAGCCUUUUGUCGCAAACACUUUCCCCCACAUGUCAAGGUCUCAGUGGAAUCCUGGUGAAACAACACUUAAUUCGAGAUCCAGUCAGGCUUUGGAAUCUCUUAGGUAGCACUCACUAUUUUACUACUUCAAGCUCUCAGGGGAGUAACCAGAAGAAUGGAGGAUUCAAAAAGAAAUCUCCGCAGGAGGAGGAUGAGGAGGAGAAGCGCAGGAAAAAGGAACAUCAGAUGCACCUCGAACGCUUACGGGCACUGCUCAUCAUCACUUUCAUAGUGCUGAUGUUCCGAUUCACGGUCAGCGAGAACAGAGAAGGGACCAACAUUUCCUGGAACUACUUUGUGAAUGAGAUGCUGGCAAAGGGAGAGGUCCAGAGGAUCGAGGUGGUGCCAGAGAGUGACAUUGUGGAAAUCUAUCUGCACCCAGGAGGAACUCCGCACGGACAAGUUAAUGUUACCCUGUUGUUCACAAUGCGGGUGGCAAACAUUGACAAGUUUGAAGAGAAGCUGAGAGCUGUGGAGGAUGAGCUGAAUAUUGAUGAGAAAGACAGAAUCCCCGUUUCCUACAAACAUCCUGGAUUUUAUGGAAACGAUAUCAUCUCUCUGAUAGUGACACUUGUGGCUGUGUCCAUGUUGUGGAGCAUCUUCCGCCUUAUUAGGGUUGCAAGCCGGGUAGGAGGAUUCAAUGCCUUGAACCAGCUGAAAAUGGCUCGUUUCACCAUUGUGGAUGGGAAAUCUGGAAAAGGGAUUGGCUUCAAGGAUGUAGCGGGAAUGCAUGAGGCGAAAAUGGAAGUCAAAGAAUUCGUGGACUAUUUAAAGAGUCCUGAUCGCUACCUUCAGCUCGGGGCUAAAGUGCCCAAGGGUGCCUUAUUACUUGGACCGCCAGGCUGUGGGAAGACGCUGCUGGCGAAGGCUGUGGCUACAGAAGCACAAGUGCCGUUUUUGGCCAUGGCAGGCUCCGAGUUUGUGGAGGUGAUAGGAGGUCUUGGAGCAGCCAGAGUUCGGAGCCUCUUCAGAGAAGCCCAGGCUCGUGCACCCUGCAUCGUGUACAUCGAUGAAAUUGAUGCAGUGGGCAAGAAGCGCUCAACCAAUAUAUCUGGGUUUGCUAAUGCUGAAGAGGAGCAGACCUUAAACCAGCUGCUGGUGGAAAUGGACGGAAUGGGGACCACAGAUCAUGUCAUAGUGCUGGCUUCCACCAACCGUGCUGAUGUCUUGGAUAAUGCCUUGAUGAGACCUGGGAGGCUUGACAGGCACAUCUUUAUUGAUCUUCCAACACUCCAGGAGAGAAGAGAGAUCUUUGAGCAGCACCUGAAGGGUCUCAAGCUGAUCCAAGACGCCAGCUUCUACUCGCAGCACCUUGCUGAGCUGACUCCAGGCUUCAGUGGAGCUGACAUAGCGAAUAUAUGCAAUGAAGCUGCUCUUCACGCCGCUAGAGAAGGUCACAAAUCUAUCGAUACUUUUAACUUUGAGUAUGCUGUGGAAAGAGUCCUUGCAGGCACUGCCAAAAGAAGUCAGAUCUUGUCACCAGAAGAGAGGAAGGUUGUGGCAUUUCACGAAUCGGGUCACGCGCUGGUUGGCUGGCUGCUGGAGCACACCGAGGCGGUGAUGAAGGUUUCCAUAGCCCCUCGAACAAACGCAGCUCUCGGCUUCGCUCAGAUCCUUCCGAGAGAGCAGUACCUCUUCACCAAGGAACAGCUGCUGGAGAGGAUGUGUAUGGCGCUGGGGGGCAGAGUGGCCGAGGCCAUCACCUUCAACAGGGUCACUACAGGAGCACAGGAUGACCUGAAGAAGGUGACCAAGAUAGCCUACUCCAUGGUGAAGCAGUAUGGGAUGGUGCCCAGCAUUGGCCAGCUCUCUUUCCCAGACCUGGAGAGUACAGCUGGAAUUGGUCGGCGCCCUUUCAGCCAGGGACUUCAGCAGAUGAUGGACCAUGAAGCAAAAGUCCUGGUGGCUCAGGCUUACCGGCGCACAGAAAAACUCUUAUUGGAGAACCGGGACAAGCUGCAAACACUGUCUAACGCCCUCCUGGAGAAAGAAGUGAUAAAUUAUGAUGACAUUGAAGCUUUGAUUGGGCCUCCACCCUAUGGGCCGAAGAAAAUGAUAGCUCCUCAGAGCUGGCUUCAAGCAGAGAGAGACAAGCAAGACACAAGAGAUGAAGAAAUGCCCCAGCAGCCACCAAACCAUGAGGAGGAGGAGGAACCACGCCUGAGACCAGUAUGAAGCCCACUCCUGAUGUGGAACGGGAGGACUUUGGAGGCUUCUUUUGGGCAGAAUCAAAGAUAACCGAACAGGGAGUCUUUGUGCUGCUGUUCCCAAAAAUUAAAUGACGGCUACAAUGGCUCUUUUAACAAGCUUUUCCCUGCAGGAAGGAGAACUCCUUAGGAUUUUGAAAUUGAUUCUCAGCAGGGUAGUAGUGAUUAGGAGUUGGGUAAAUCUAAUCCACUGGAAAGAUUUCUCAUGCACAGGAGCGGUGUACCUGUUCUUAGGGGUGAAAGAGCCUGUGGAGUCCUUGUAAGCCACCUUUCGCUGUGCUGUGUGACAUGGCAGGAGUGUGGGACCAUUCCCUUCAGUGUGGGAAUGGUCAGUAGAGUGAAACCCCUGCAAGACUCCGAGCUGGCUGAACUGCUGUAGAUCUUGUGCAACUCUGCUGUAAAUUUUGAUUGCCUCUGCUACUGAACAUAAAAAAGAAAUAGAAAAACAGGUGUCACUAGAAUAAACUGCCCGUAAUGUGCUGCUGUGUUUGUAGAAUAUGUCAGCAUGUGGAUUUGUGUGUUGGCACACAGAAGCUUGUUAUAGCUAUGGAGUUUACAGGACAGGGCUUUCCUCUCCCUGGCCAAUAACUUAUAUUCAGUUUUCAUCACUAGCAUCUUGCAAGCAAAGAUUGCAGAAAACCUGUGUGUGUGGAAGCCAGCAGAACCCCACAGCAUGGCGUUCGAAACCAGUGCUGCAGAGUGAUUCUGAGUUACGCAGUGGGCAGUGUCCAGCGGCACUGCUGGAUUGGUGCUGUCAGGAGCUCGAGGUGUAUUCACUGAGAAGCCUCGCUAAAAAGCCAGCAGUUCUCCAGCUCCGUCCUCAUGGCUCUUACAGAACAAGCUGUGAUGACGUGGUUGGCUAUCAUUCAUCAGAGAGCGCAUUAAAACCACGCUGGUGCCUGGUGUGCUCUGGCUGGGUUAAUACUUUAGGAAAGAGUAUUGUCUUGAGUUAUUCCGUGGGGAUUGUUUGUGACCUGAAAGACCCCAGCCCAAGCCCAGUUUCUCACAGUUUCAACUCCCAGCCCUCAAGCUGCAAUUACAGUCCCCGGGCUCCUGCCCACAGAGUCAGGCUGGAGCUGAGCAGAGCUUUUCGUUUUCCCUUUCCCUGGGGAGGAGGGUGUCCUGCAAGGUGACCUCUGCCCUGUCCUGACACAGAGCUGCCUGCAGUGUCUCCAUGCUGGUUGUCGUCCUUGUGGUGGGGGGCAAUUUCCCAUGCUUUCAGGGUCAGAAUUGGUUUUCUGUGUUGGGAUGUUACUGCCUGUAUUUUUUUUCUCCCAGAUGUGUUUGUUUCUUCACAAGUUUGUUCUUUGAAUUCACUUUUCCAGCAGAAAAUAAGGUUUUAAGCAUUCUUUGGUCUCAUUUUUUAAGUCAUAGCUGUUCGGAGCUUCCUGAACAAACCCUUUGCUGGAAGGAUUCAGUUCUGUGACGGUGCUAUGCUGGGACAGACAGGACAGUGCAGGCUCCUCCGUGGCUUCCAAGGUGUAGUGGGCAUGGCUGUGCCAUUGCCUCCUGCUGCUGGAGCAUCCAGGCUCGCCCAAGG